AUGGCUACACCACGGCGCACUUCGUCCGACGACUUCACAUCAGCCGAGGGCAGCGUGCGAAAACGAGUCUGUAAAGCCUGCGAUCGAUGCAGGCUCAAGAAGUCAAAGUGUGACGGUGCCAGCCCCUGCAGCCGAUGCAAAGCGGACAAUGCCAUAUGCGUAUUCAGCGAGAGGAAGAAGAGCCACGACAAAGUCUAUCCGAAAGGCUACGUGGAGAUGCUCGAGCAGCAGCAAGGACAACUCGUAGCGGGCCUGCGAGAGCUUUACCGCCGAUUACAAAGCGGCGAAGGCUGGCCCGGCUCACCGUUACCAAACGCCCAGAAUGGCCACCCUUUGACUCACAACAUCCUUGAAAGACUCGAUCUCCUUCAUCUGUUUGACGAGACAAUCAGCAAUUACGAGGGGUUUGAGGAAGACUGCACACGCAUGCAGCAGCGGCUACUGGAGGGCGGAGCACAGUACGGCCACCGAAGAGGUUCGAUAAGCUCCGAUUCCGAACACGAGCUUUCUUCGAUAUCUUCCUUGGGAACCCCGUCACCGCAGGCGCUGUCAUUCAACAGCUCGUUCACACAUGGCCCGCAAACUCCACAUACGACCGGUGCAUUCUCCCAUCAUCCACUUCCGAACUGCGAUACGCCGGGCAAGUUCCAUCCACAUUUGAGCAUGCAACCAACCAUGCGGAUAGGUGUAGAUCCUGCGGCUGCACUACGCUCCCCGUGGGCCGUGGACGCGCCGUCGAUGGGUGGUCUGUCAAACACUAACUAUCUUCCGCAAUUCGAGCCACCUAUGGGCCACAAUCCGUCCGACUUGGCCUACGAUCCGUUUGCUCAGAUCUUGACGUCAACUCCCAUCACCAUGGCUGAGUGGAACGAUGGCGCCGACAUGGACUUCAGUAAUUUCAUCACGACGUAG